GAUACAACGGAGAAUACAGGGUCUAGUGAUAGGAGCGGGAUGAAAUCACUCAUUAUUGACGUUCUUGGACUGUUCGCCUCCUUAUCGUCUAUUAUCGUCUGCCAUGACGAGCGACGAACUGCGGCUGGCUGGGGUGAACCUCCUGAAAAGUCAGGCGCUAUCCGAGGGGCAAUGUGCAUCCUGUAACGUCCGUGGAAGCUCUUCCCAUCUUUUUGAGGUAACGAGCUCUCCGACGAGUUCCACUUCUGGUCCGUAUCUGCUAACAUGAAGGCACCUGCGCCUUCACAGGGAGACUGCAGCCGAAAGCAUGCAACCCGAUUGAAUAAUUUACCGGGACACAGUUCGUCCCUUGGCGGAGGUGCUAUUUAACGUGUUAACCUCCGUGCUCCUUGGAACGGACACUAACCUCAGUACCAUGGAUGAAUCAGAUGAAACCUCCUCUACGAGGCGUGCAGGAAGCCCAGCACCUUCUCUAUACUCGCUGACGUCGUCGGAUGAAAGACUUAUUCUGAGGGAGGCUUACGGCAGAAUCGUGAACUCGCAAAUCGAGUCCUACUUUCUGCCCGCUGACUACGAAGAGCAUCAGAGACUGAAUUUGCAGCAUCGAUUAUACACCAUGGUAUUAGGAGCUUUAUACCCGGCUGCUCCGCUCGUGCGCUGGGCGUUGCGUCCGCGACCAGAUAGAAGGCCUGGCAUCAUGGAUGUAGGUGCUGGCAGUGGCAGCUGGGCGGUCGAUAUGGCACGUGAGUUCCCACAUUGCGACGUCGUCGGAGUGGAUCUUGUCCCACCCAGAGUGGUAGAACAGUUGCCUGAGAAUUGCCGGUUUGAGAUAGACGACGCGAACCUCGGCUUCGCUCACUUUCGGGAAACUCACGAUGUUGUCCAUGCCAGAGCGGUCUCUAUGGGUAUUCGCGAUUUUCCUGCGCUGCUAAGGGAGCUCGCUGACACUUUGCGGCCCGGAGGCAUGUUACUUCUUGGCGACGGUGAAAUGCAGCUGUACGAUGAGCAGCGACAGCCACUUCAGUAUACGGAACAGGAUGCUUCAUGGGUACAGCGCGUCUUCUUCGCCGCCUACAACGCGAUGAGGAACCGAGGUGGCUGCAUGGACUCAAAUUACAUGAGUCCUACUUGGCUGCGGUCGGUGGAGUCACUCACAGAUGUGGGGUGGGAUAAGGUUUUUGUACCCAUCGGACCAUGGAUCUAUGGUGAGAAGGACAGCACCGCUUGGUCACCUACCAUAUGGUCGCUGAUCAUUCGCGCUGUAGCAAACGACAAGGAGAGGGUGCUCGCUGAGAUGCUCCGUGCAAACACCCUGGCUUUUAUCUCCACACUUGGACCGCUUCUCUUGAGGCAUGCGCAUCCUUUCUUUCCCCGUGACUGCUAG